AUGGCUAAUGUAACAGCUCAUGAAGGGCGGCAGACACAAGGCAAGCCAUCAGCCAAUGCAGUAACACGGGAAGAGAAGCAGGUUGUUGUUUAUGUGAUCAGCAGGCUUCUUUUGUCAGUGUUAUCAGAAAAGUCCUUGUUUGAAGUUCUGUAUGGGAGACCACCCUCACUGCAACAUAUGAGGACUAAAUGUUGCCAAUGCUUUGCCAUCAAUAUAGGAGAAGUUGAAAAAUUUGCAGCCAGAUCAAUAUAUAUAGGAGUUGUCUUGAUGGGCUAUUCAUCCACUCAGAAGAAUUACAGACUUUACAACAUGCUAAUUGACACUUGUUUUGUUAGCAUGGAUGUAUAUUUCAAAGACCGCAUCUUUCCUUUUCAGCUGUUAAAGGAAGGAAAAUUGCAUCUCUUAAAUGGAGCGAUAUCCAACACUGACAUUCCAAGAGUGGCAGCCACAACUAAGGAGGAUCUACUAGAUGCAGUCACUCCAUCUCAUCCAAGCUCACCAGCUGUCGACAUACAACAAGACUCAGUAGGUGGAGAUCUACUACAACCAUCAGGAACAUCAACUCUAGAACAUUAUCAAGAUCAUAUAGAGUUUACUCUAGAAGAUAUUGCCAACAAUAGGGGAAAUGAGCAAUUGAGGAAAUCAGCAAGAACAACGAAAGAACCUAUUUGGAUGCAAGAUUAUGUAUGUGAUGGAACAUCAGCAAAGUACUCAGCAAAGAAUGCAUGCAUAUAUCCUUUGCAAGAAUACCUAUGUCAUAGAGGUAUUUCAGCCAACUUUCAGAUUUUCUUGUCCAAGUUUAUUGCCACAAAGGAACCCAUCAGUUAUGAGGAAGCAAUGACAGAUCCUAGGUGGGUGGAAGCAAUAGAUCAGGAGUGCAAAUGGGUGUAG